CAGAUCCAUCCUGGGGACCAGUGCAGGAGCGGUCCUCGCUGAGCCCAGCCCCUGCCCAGGCUCCCGCUUCUUCUCUGCUGCUGGGCCUCAGCCCAGGAGUCACGACGGGCGACACGGAGCCGCCAGUGCUGGAGGGGGAGCCAUGGGUGCGGGGCAGCGUAGGGGCAGAGGCCCCGGGACGCCCACCCGGCCCCAGGCCCCGCUCAGCCAGGGCGCCCCCACGGGUGUCCCCCCCUUCCUGGUCCGAGCAGUGUGAGUGCACCCGAGAGCCUGGCAGCAGUGGCGGCGUGGAAACCGGUGUGGGCUGGGGGAUCCGGGCCGCAGGGAGCAGUGCUAUGCACAAGCAUCAGCACUGCUGUAAGUGCCCUGAGUGCUAUGAGGUGACCCGCCUGGCUGCCCUGAGGCGCCUCGAGCCUCCUGGCUAUGGGGACUGGCAGGUGCCCGACCCCUACGGGCCAAGUGGGGGCAAUGGAGCUAGUGCAGGAUAUGGGGGCUACAGCUCUCAGACACUGCCCUCGCAAGCUGGGGCGACCCCCACCCCACGCACCAAGGCCAAGCUCAUCCCCACUGGUCGGGAUGUGGGGCCAGUGCCUCCUAAACCGGUCCCAGGCAAGAGCACCCCCAAACUCAACGGCAGCGGCCCCAGCUGGUGGCCUGAAUGCACCUGUACCAACAGGGACUGGUAUGAGCAGGUGAAUGGUAAUGAUGGCAUGUUCAAGUAUGAGGAGAUAGUACUUGAGCGGGGAAACUCUGGCCUGGGCUUCAGCAUUGCAGGUGGCAUUGACAACCCUCACGUGCCUGAUGACCCUGGCAUCUUUAUUACCAAGAUCAUCCCUGGUGGAGCAGCAGCUAUGGAUGGGAGGCUGGGGGUGAAUGACUGUGUGUUGCGGGUGAACGAGGUGGACGUGUCGGAGGUGGUACACAGCCGGGCUGUGGAGGCACUGAAGGAGGCGGGCCCUGUGGUGCGCUUGGUGGUGCGGAGGCGACUGCCCCCACCUGAGACAAUCAUGGAGGUCAACCUGCUCAAAGGACCCAAAGGCCUAGGUUUCAGCAUUGCUGGAGGUAUUGGCAACCAGCACAUCCCGGGAGACAACAGCAUCUAUAUAACUAAAAUCAUUGAGGGGGGUGCUGCUCAGAAGGAUGGACGCCUACAGAUUGGGGACCGGCUGCUGGCGGUGAACAACACCAAUCUGCAGGAUGUGAGGCAUGAGGAAGCAGUGGCAUCACUGAAGAACACAUCUGAUAUGGUGUAUCUGAAGGUGGCCAAGCCAGGCAGCCUCCACCUCAACGACAUGUAUGCACCCCCUGACUACGCUAGCACAUUUACUGCCUUGGCUGACAACCACAUAAGCCAUAAUUCCAGCCUUGGUUAUCUUGGGGCGGUGGAGAGCAAGGUCAGCUACCCUGCUCCUCCUCAAGUACCCCCAGCCCGAUACUCUCCUAUCCCAAGGCACAUGUUGGCUGAGGAGGACUUUACCAGAGAGCCUCGAAAGAUCAUCCUGCAUAAGGGAUCCACAGGCCUAGGCUUCAACAUUGUAGGAGGAGAGGAUGGAGAAGGCAUUUUUGUGUCCUUCAUCCUGGCAGGAGGUCCAGCUGAUCUGAGUGGGGAGCUGCGCAGGGGAGACCGGAUCUUAUCGGUAAAUGGAGUGAACCUGAGGAAUGCAACUCAUGAACAGGCUGCAGCUGCUCUGAAACGGGCUGGUCAAUCAGUUACAAUUGUGGCCCAGUACAGACCUGAAGAGUACAGUCGCUUUGAAUCAAAGAUACAUGACUUGCGAGAACAAAUGAUGAACAGCAGCAUGAGCUCUGGGUCUGGGUCCCUCCGGACGAGUGAGAAGAGGUCCUUAUAUGUCAGGGCUCUGUUUGAUUAUGACCGGACUCGGGAUAGCUGUCUGCCAAGCCAAGGACUCAGCUUCUCCUACGGUGACAUUCUGCAUGUCAUUAAUGCCUCUGAUGAUGAGUGGUGGCAGGCGAGACUUGUGACUCCACAUGGAGAAAGUGAACAAAUUGGUGUGAUCCCCAGUAAGAAGAGGGUGGAAAAGAAAGAAAGAGCUCGAUUGAAAACCGUGAAGUUCCAUGCCAGGACGGGGAUGAUUGAGUCUAAUAGGUCGAUCAAAACGAAACGUAAAAAGAGUUUCCGUCUCUCUCGAAAGUUUCCAUUUUACAAGAGCAAAGAAAACAUGGCCCAGGAGAGCAGCAUACAGGAACAGGGAGUGACAUCCAACACCAGUGACAGCGAAAGCAGUUCCAAAGGACAAGAGGAUGCUAUUUUGUCCUAUGAGCCAGUGACACGGCAAGAAAUUCACUAUGCAAGACCUGUGAUCAUCCUGGGCCCAAUGAAAGAUCGAGUCAAUGAUGACCUGAUCUCAGAGUUCCCUCAUAAAUUUGGAUCCUGUGUGCCACACACUACCCGACCUCGGCGUGAUAAUGAAGUAGAUGGACAAGACUACCACUUUGUAGUAUCCCGGGAACAAAUGGAGAAGGACAUUCAGGACAACAAGUUCAUUGAGGCUGGCCAAUUCAAUGAUAACCUGUAUGGGACCAGUAUUCAGUCAGUGCGGGCAGUGGCAGAGAGGGGCAAGCACUGCAUCUUAGAUGUUUCUGGCAAUGCUAUCAAGAGGCUGCAACAAGCACAACUUUACCCCAUUGCAAUUUUCAUCAAGCCCAAGUCCAUUGAAGCUCUUAUGGAAAUGAACAGAAGGCAGACAUACGAGCAAGCAAAUAAAAUCUAUGACAAAGCCAUGAAGCUAGAGCAGGAGUUUGGAGAAUACUUCACAGCCAUUGUACAGGGUGACUCACUGGAAGAGAUUUAUAACAAAAUCAAACAAAUCAUUGAGGACCAGUCUGGGCACUACAUUUGGGUCCCAUCCCCUGAAAAACUCUGAAGAAUCCCUUCCAACCAUUCUCUUGUGAACAGAAGAAAUCAAGUCCCUGUCCCUCCUCUUUAUUCCUGUCUUUAUAGGGAGAACAAAUGACUACUCUUCCUGUCCCCUUUUUUAGAUAUGUCCAAAAAUUGAGUUUUCUAGUACUGUUCUGUUUUUUUUCUCUUUCUUUUUUUAUUUUCAUUUUGUUUUAGUUCAUUUGGGGGAUGAUGCCAUCUCAUCGUGUGACUGUGCCCAUUCCUGCAUGGAUUCUACCCAAGCGCUAGCACAGAUGCAAAUCCAUCAGAAUCAUUGUUUUCAUACAAACCAAGCAGAAGCAAAGAGAAGAGAGGAGGACUGAUGGAAAGACAGACUCUGGACAGCUGCACGCCUUGAGAAGUGAGCUCAGCUUGACACGUGAUGAGAUGCUCCUAAGCAUUUCUACCUAUCUCCACUGCUGUCUUGCAGCUCUGAACAGUGCAACAUAAUGGCAAUAGAAAGUAUCUUAUUUAUAUAUAGAUAUAUAUAUGUAAUUUAUAUAAAAUAUAUAGAAAUUAUAUAUAUAUAUAUUAUAUUCCCUCAUAUAAUAUAUAUAUAUAUAUUCUCACACAUUUGGACUAGAAAAUAUAUGGAGACUUCACCAAUGGUACUGUGUUAUUAGAGAAAUGCUUUAAUUUUCAUAUUCCAUCUUAUAUCCCAACUGGUUAACUGGGAGGGAUUGAAAAUGAUAGUAAGUACUUUACCAAGGGCACUUGCAUUUGGUCAUUCUCUUAAGAACUGGAGUUUCCAGAGGGUCAGCUGGAGGGAGAAAUGUUUUUUGCUUAUUGUUUUUGCCCUGGGGGUAGCAGAGAGUUGGAGACCUGACCCUCACGUAGCUGUUGCCCUUGAGGUACAGUCAGUCCUAUGUGUGGAAAGAGAGAGAAUGGCUAACAAUGUUCCAUAUUAAAUUGCCUAUUGUUUUAUGCCACCUGAGGUGUCUGCAUGAGAGGUUUCCUUUUUGUUCAUUUUUAAGCUGCUGUUAAACCAAAACCAUAUUGUGCUACUGUGUCAGCCUUUUCAUUAUUCCAAAUUUUACUUUUACUAUUUAAGUGAAUGCAUAGAAUCCAAUUUGCCAGUGUUCUAAAGGUUCAUGAUGUGUUCUGGAGGAGCCAGGCCUUGUUUGUGAUAGAUUCAGUGACCUGGGAUUGUCUGUCCAGUCAGUAGAAGGGGCAUGGGAGCAGAGGAGGAGUGAGAGCAGGAGUUGGUAUUCUGAAUUGUAGUGUGUGUCUUCAGUCACCUUCCAGGGACAUACUGGGUUCAGCUGCGGCCCCUUCAUAGGGUCCUGACUACCAACAAAGACAGGGAGUCAUCUGCCUUCCAGUUCUGUGCUGGGGCAGCAGGAGAAUACUGGGCUUGGACAACUAAGCAAUGAAAAGUUUGAUUUGAGGGGUUAUUUAUUUUGGGGGUUUUCUUUUUCCCACAGCUGUUUCAUAUGCCCUACCCCCAAACCUCCACCAAAUAGCUGGUAGCUUCCUGUUUCUUCUAGAAUAAAGUAGGCUUUAAUGCUGUUGUUUUGAGCUGUAAAGCUAAUAAUCACUUACUGGUAAAAUGUAAAACCUUGUUGGCUUUUCCCCAGAGUCAGAUUGCAGUAAUUGUGGUCCAGACUAUUUUUCUCCUGCUACAAAUGCAGGCAAUAGGUGUAACUCAACCUCCCUUACACCCCAACCAUGCUUCUUUGAAGCCACUGUGCCUCCCUUCCUUCCACACUAGAGGUAUGACAUGGGGAGAAGAGCAUGGACAGGCUUGACCUGAGGGUUAAGUCCUGUGUUUUUCUUAGCCCACUGUAUUAUGACCAGUGUAAGUAAUUCCACACUGAAGCCACUCUGAGCACUAUCGGCCAAAUUUGAGAAAUGUGUUUACAGUUCACCUACCAGCAUAAAUGAGGCUAACUGUAAAGUAUGGGGCCCGGAGUGAGGGUAAAGAAAGGGCAGCAGCUUUACCUGGGCAGUCUACUGGAUUGAAGGCAAAGAGGAAUAUGGUGAUGGCCAAUUAUGACCCUGACAAAGAGGGGUGAACAGGGAGAGUUGAGUUUUCUGCUGUUAAGUGAUGUAUUCUGACUGAUACUCAGCCCUCUCCCCCUCCCAGGGAAGAAAAGCAAAGACCCCAGGUAAGCAUGACACUAGUUGGUUUACCAAUGUUCCUUCUAAGGAGACAUAUAUUUUUUAAUAAACGAUAGUUGCAAUGAA